GUUGGUUCGUCCUGUUUACCUCCUUUUCUCUGUCUGUAUCCUGUCUGCGUUAACGCUCUUAUCCCUAUGGACGACGACAUCAUCAACGGCUUCAUGUUCUGCGAGCCUCAUGGCAGCGAAUACUGUAAUGUAUGCUGUCGUGACCACCGGAUGUGCAACAACAUCCGCAUCGAAAGCGAGCUGGCCAAAGCUUUUCCAGGUAUCUCGGAAGAACAACUUAUGGACCGCCCUCCCCUUUCCAACGUUAUCAAGGGUAAAGCGAUUUCUAAACAAUGCGACGCUGAACGCGAACCGCUUUAUCAAUGCACAACACACAACAAGGUCGAUUGCGACGCAUGUUUUGACUGGGGAAAGCUCGUUGUAGCUGAAUUUAGACGCGUUGCUUCGACAUUUGGGAAGGAAAUUCCGGUCGAUCUGACGAGGGAUGAGAAAAUGGGUUUAUUGGCUUCUAUGGGUAUCGAAUUGCCACAAACAACACGCCUUCCGGACGAUGCGCUCGAGAAGAAGCUUCGAAACACCAUCGAUGCUGCUCAGUACUUCAAGGACGUCAUUGCCAAAGCACCCAUCGACCCGGCGACUCUACCCCUUUGGCCACUGCGUUCUUCAUCGAAAUCGCUCUCUCAAGCCACUGCACGAGGAAAUCUUGGUGAAGGAUUAGGACGUGAUGGAAUUCUCAAAUCAAGGGGCGACGUCCCAUCCUCGUCGUAUGAAAAAACGUUCUUGGCUUUGAGAGUAAUUGUUGGAGAGUUAGCGAAAGGAAUGGAUGACGGCGUUCAAUCUCUGGUUCUGCAGGACGAAGAACAAUCCAAUGCUAUCUUGAUUCGAGUGGUUGAGGUGCGAAAAGCUAAUUCAACUGUUGAUGAGGUCCCCGUUCUUUUCGUCCUCUACACACACAACACACAACACACACCUAUUCUACAGGCGGCGGACUGGUUUGCAGACCUCGUUGCCAAGGGAGGCCAGUCCAUCCAAAUUACCGCACCAGUGGAAGUACAGAAGCUCUUUCUCGCGUUUUUGCACUUGAACAGCAAACGUAUCUCCCCCAGUUACCGUCCUACACGUCGGGCAUAUGAGAGUCAUUUCGUCCCGUCCUUCAUUAUUCCAAUCGGUCCGAUCAGCUCGAUGGAAAUAGGGAGUCUCACGAAAUCUGCGGGUUGUGUUUUAUGUGGAAAGAAAACCUUCAAGAAAUGCUCUGGUUGUCUCGCAGCUGACUACUGUGGUCCCGAAUGUCAGAAAGCUCACUGGAAAGAGCAUAAAGUGACCUGUAAAUCCCUGAAGGGAGGCACAUGGCGUACUGUAGAGCUCGGAACUGCGAACGAUUUGUUCAGCGAGCUUACGGGCUCCGGACAGGGACAGGACAUGUUCUUUAGUACCCUCAAUUUCCAGGAUCCAUUACGUGGACGAAAUUCCGCUAGCAUUAAAUCCUCCUCCUCGACUCCUCCCAAUAUACAUGGGAAUACCCCUUUCCUCGUCAAGAUACAGCGAUCCAUGGGCAGUGACAAUGACCCGAUGUUGGUAUAUGACAGACAGAAAAGCUUUCAAAUGCAGUUGAUUCGUUCAAAGGACGUGGGUUCACAUACAGAGGCCCUCAGACAGAUGAACGACAGCGCGACUGGACUCAAGAUAUACAGAUGGGCAAAGCGUAUUGGAGAUUUGCAAUUCAGCAUAUGUUUUGAUCGACCGCCACCUUCCGACCCCCUGUGGUAAAAGAAGUUUAUGUUUGGGAUUACGUUGUACAAUACUGUAUUUUAGUUUGUAUUUGUAUCCAGCGUGCGCUAUCCGAUGCAAAAUGAAAUGGUAUCGCUCAGUGUGACGU